AUGUGCGUUCAAGGUCCACCUGGGAGGGAAGGUCCUAAGGGAUCACGUGGCAAAGAGGUCCGCGCGGAGCCACGGGAAGAAACGGUGCACGUGGUGACACAGGGCAUCCUGGGCCACACGGGAAGCAAGGACCCACCGGUCCACCCGGUCAGAAAAGGAGAGCCUGGUAUCAAGGGGAAUCCAGGUCCCAGGGGUUUUCCGGGGCCUAAGGGAGAACCUGGAGAAUCAAUUUCAAUGCCAACGGUUGUAAUCUCGCCCAAGGAAUUAACUGUCAGAGAAAACCAAAAUGCCGUAUUCCAGUGUUCUGCGACCGGAAACCCGUCACCGACUGUAACGUGGAUAGAGCCCAUCGGCUCCCUUUGGUCUUAUCGUGUUCAGCUUAACCCCCGUGGAGUCUUGACGGUACGUCACGUGACUCUUGCAGUCACUGGUAGAUACAUUUGUGCAGCAACAAAUAUGCUAGGUAGCUAACCAAUCAGUCUCAUUGACUGUUGAAGGUAAGGUAUUACAUUACCUUUUUACUGGUAAAAUUUUGCUUUGUGAUUUUUGAUACGCGUAAUUAAUUCCCUCAUUUGUUUUUUUCUUCAUUUAAGGAACCACUGAAAAAUUGUCUUCACGAAGACUUUUUUUAUAUGUUCCAGGGCCAUCGUAGCUCAAUCAAAAAUAUAACACAAACAGUGGUGAUAAACAUUGUGAACUUUCGCAUGAAAAACCCGACGUUUCGUACACUUGUAGAAACAAUAUAGGGUUUGAUCACUGUGAAAUUUUAGCGUCGUCAGGUAAAAUAAAGGAAACAGUGCUUAUUCAAGACUUUAAUAAUGACAAUGUAUGUUGACUAACAUACGAAAAGCCAAGUUGAUAUAAAAACGCGAAAGAUCACCAAUGUUUAUCAUCGCUUUAAAUGUUUCAAUUGUCUUUCAUCUAUCUUUGAUAAUUUCCCCUUUUCGAAGGGUCUUUCGUAAUAGAGACUUUUUAUUUAGGGGUGUAGGGAGAUAUAAAAGCUCCAUAAUGUUGAGCGAGUGUUGCCCAGCUACUAUUCAGGAUCUUUACAUUAGGUGGAUCAGUGAUUCUUUCAGGAACAUGUCGUUUUUAUUUCUGGUCUUGACUAAUUUUUACCUACAAGCAUAACUUAGAAUGUUUACAGAAAGGCUCACUGUUAUAUACGAGGUAUAGCCCCAAUAUAGUGUUUACUUGGCAACUAAAUUUUUUGCGUAAGACCACCACGAACUCUACCACAUACAAUCUGAAGUUGUAAAAUAUGUUUCUCUUCUCACCUUUAGAAACCUGAAGCUUGGUUCGCAUACCAACUGAGGCCUUGCUCUAACAGCAAGAUAAAACACUUAUCUUAAGCAACAAUUUUGCUCAAGUAUAGUAACCUGCGAAAACAUCCGUUUCUCCUCGCUUUUCGCCGCUGGGGACGUUUCGCGCGGAGGAACGUCUGCGACUCAGCGACAGAAAUUCCAUACUGAUGACGCAAAUCAAUGUUUACAAAAAAUAAAUCCGGUAAUCAUGAGGUUCCAAAUAUAAAUUUGACCAAUUUUACGUGUCUUCUGGUCGGUUUUGGUAAAGUGUUGUGUUCAUCUGCCAACGAGCUUCAGCAAAACUCUAAUGCUUCUUCAAGAGAAGACUAUAUUCCACAAAUAUUGGGUAUUUUGUUUGAGAUUCUUCGCGUUUACAUUUGACCUUUGUGGCCUUUUGUCUUUUGUCUGUCAUUCGUAAACAAUAGUUAAAACGAUGUCACUACUCCGUCGACCAAUCAGCACUUCUGGCCGGAUUCCGGACAGAUUUUACGUCAUCAGUAUGAAAUUUCUGUCGCUGAGUCACAGACGUUCCUCCGCACAAAACGUCCCCAGCGGCGAAGAGCGAGGAGAAACGGAUGUUUUCGCAGGCUACAAGUAUAGAGAUGCAUUUGAGACUGUAUCUAUUUUUUCAGCUCCCCCUCGUGUAAGACUAUCCCCAGGUCCCAUUCACGCUAAAACAGGACAGAACAUCAGGCUUCCUCGAUGCCAUGUGACAGGUUUCCCGUCGCCAACUGUGACAUGGACAAAGUUUACGGGUGUUUUACCAAAGAACAGGUUCACUUUGUCUAAGGAAUUUAUUACUUAACGCAAUACAAUAAGAAGUGACUCUGGUUCAUAUGCAUGUAAAGCUACAAACCGUUUAGGAGAGGCGUCUGCAACUACGACAUUAGUCGUGUUGCCACCGCCAAAGUUCAUCACGAAACCCCCAAGACGUGCUGUUAAAACCGCUGGGAGAGACUUUUCGCUUGACUGUUUCGCGACUGAGCAAGCGUCAAUUUCGUGGAGACGCAUCGGAGGAACCUGGGAGGAAGGCCGAAUGAGAGUCCAAAACAGAACCCUAACGAUUCACAACCUGAAGAAAUCUGAUUCUGGCAAUUAUGUCUGCGAAGCAAAUUUGUUAAGUUUCUAUCGCAUCGAGACAAGGACAAUUUUAGAUGUAAGAGGUAAGUAAGUCGAUCUAACCACAAUAAACCUGUGCGACGGACUAUAAUUCUAGGUAAACGAAAAAUUGCCUCAGCCGCACUAAGGAACUUAACCAAGUUAUUUAACAAUUAAUGAAUGAGGCUGAGUAUCUUAUGAAGAAUUAUGGAGAUCGAGGAGGGUGUUAUCCGUCGAGGCCGUAGGCCGAGGAGGAUAACACCCUUCGAGAUCUCCAUAAUUCUUCAUAUGAUACGAAAGCCGAAUGCAACAAUUGUUUUAUUAUUCAUUUAAAAUAAUUCCUAGUUAAAAACAAAGCUAAAACAUGCUUACCUCCAUCGAUAUUAAGUUCACCCUCGAUAGUACACGUUUAGGGUUGUUCAGCUCCGCAAAUAUUCUCCAAACAGAAGAUGUCGCCCUUCGAGUUUUGUUCUUGCUGUUCUUGCCACGUUUGUAGCUAUAAUUUCGCCUAGUUCUUACUCUUGAAACGAGUGAAAUGUCCGCCAUUUUUUGUUUUCACAACCAAAACAACUUAACCUCGUCCCCAGGUCUUCGCGGCUAACAGUGCAUUAACCUGCAAGAACGCUGCAUUUUUGACGUCAUUUCCUCGUUAAACACAAAUUUCUUCCAAAUCUGGUCAUCAGUAACUGGUUAUAGUGAAUUAUGCGUGUGCUUUUAGCUAAUCAGAAUCGGGGAAAUAUUUUGAAUGAAUAAUAAUUCCAAUUUACUAAUGAAAGUUAACUCGUUUAAAUAAAAAUUAAAAAAAACUGUCCGUGCAGUUGGGCUUUCUACUAUCUUAAUCGAGUUCUAACCGGGUUAUGCAAAUCAAGCAAGAACAAUUUUUUUUAAUCCAGGUUAGGCCUUUUACAACCACCUCUUGAGGUAGUUCAGCACAGGUUAACCUUAUUAAUUAUUCGAUCAUCUCCGCCUACGCUUGAGAAUGGUCCAAUUGGCUUUGCCAUGCACGUAAGCACAACAGUUUCGAAAUUACUUCUUUCGCUCCAAGUUCAGCUUUUCUUUCAUAACACAAUUGGGUCUAGACUUUUAAGAAGUCGACCACUUUUAUUAUCAGUAAGACGGAGUCGGUCAAAUUUUGGGGUGUCAGUGAAACGCGGGAUCGGGGUCGGGGCCGAGGUCGUGCUCUUUUUUUUUUUCAAAAAAAGAAUGCUCUAGUUUUAGGGUAAGGGUUCUAACCAAACUCCCUAACCGUAAAACAGCAUUCUUUAAGAUCAGUCAAAGAACGAAGCGAGAGUAGGCAUAUAGAAAUCGAAAAGUGAAGGGAUUAUAAAAGUGCAUACAUGCAAUUUGUAUUUUUUCCCGCUAUCAAAAAAUUGAAAGAGCAUUUAGGGUCAGGUUGAUAUGAACGAAAGACUUUCAAAGUCAAGUACAAAUAAUUUCUUUACAAGGUAAAGAAAUGUAGAGCUAACAUUACAGUAGAGGAUAGAGUGCAUGGAUUUUUGUUAAAAAAUAAUUAAUGAAAGCACUUUUCAAAAAUUGAUCGUUUCUUUAGUCGUCCAAGCAACUUCAGGUAAUGUUUCGAAAUCCGUGUACAAUAUUUGGCGAUUUGCUUUAUUACGCAGAAUUUAGAGCUGUAUUUACAAACCUCGGCGCGAGUGGAAGACUGGGUCCAACUUCUCUUGGUAGUUACUACAGUGGUCGGCAUCAUGACGGUCAAGUUACUUUGGUCAGCGGUAUUCAACAAUGGGCUGUACCAUACACGGGUGACUACAGAAUAGAGGCGAUAGGAGCUGCAGGGGGGUACGACACAUCCAGCAGUAGGGGACAAUACCAAGGAAGAGCUGCUAGAAUGAAAGGAACUUUUCGCUUAUUCAAAGGCGAAACAAUUCAGAUACUUGUUGGACAAGAGGGUGGAAUCAACAAGCGAAGUUCAAGCUCCGGAGGCGGUGGAGGUACUUUUGUAGUGAGAGGAAGCAACACGCCUUUGAUAAUAGCUGGAGGAGGUGGUGGCAUAGAAGGUGCUUCCUCCAGGCAUUCAGGAUGCGAUGCCUCUACAGGGACCGCAGGGAAUGCUGGGUACAAGUCAUGGUCAGGAGGAAGUGGUGGACAAGGAGCAACGACCGCUGACAAUGACAACUCAGGUGAGAUAAGUGUGUCAAGACGAGUAGAACCACCACAACAACAAUCUUCGCUAAAUAUAAUUGAUAUACGUGUAAAGGCAGAUAAUAUUAGAUUAAUACAUUCAAACAUAGAGAAAUUUGAGUAGGUUUUAAUGACCUUGGCCAACUGUGAUGAAAUUGGUGGUAUGCAUUUGUAUUUAACAAAUAAAAAGGCAUAUUAGUGACACACAUCGAGGCCUUUGUUAAAUGAAAAACGGCGCUGCAAGAAAUCCACCUACACAUGAUACCUGUUGUAAGUGAAGAGUUAUUUAAUGUUAUUGUACUUUAGGUGGUGGCGGUGGUGGUUUCUUCUCCAGUGGAAGAAGCUCAACACAGUUCGGAGGCUCAAUGGGGAAUGGCGGAGAAGGAGGCAAAGGAUUUCUUCAGGGAGGAGUGGGUGGAAGAGCCUGGUAUAACAAUGCUGUUGGUGCGUUUGGAGGGGGCGGUGGCGCUUAUGGAAAUGGAGGAGGUGCUGGAGUUGGAGGAGGCUACUCUGGGGGAAGUAGCGGGGAUAAUGAGGGUGACUCCUGUGGAGGAGGGGGAGGAUCUUACAAUGUUGGAAAGAAUCAGCAGAGUGAAUGUUGUUAUAAAACAGCUGGACAUGGACAGGUUACCAUAACACUGAUAUAAAGUUACAAACUGUAACUUAGCAAGUAGUGUGGUUUAACAAGUUCCCAAAAUUUUAGAGCUUGGUGUACCAGUGUAGAUAUAGAGAUUGUUGUCCAUACAUUGAAAACUUUAUAGUCACUUUUUUGUCACUACUAA